AUGGAGCACCAAUCCCUGGGGCAGCUCAAAGACUUCAAGAAAGACGACUUUGAGGCCGACUGGAUUAAAGUGUCAGAAUGCAGAUUUGGCCAAGUGUAUCAAGCCAAGCUGAAGAUGUGGCGGGAAAAGUGUGCUGUGAAGACCAUUGACCUCGAGUCUUGGAGGCAGAAAAUCGAUGACGUGUCAGCCAUUGCAAAAGUGAAAUUCAAAUACCUGGUGUCGGUGUAUGGGGUGUGCAGCGAGGCGACUGGCAUGGUGAUGGAGUACAUGAGUAAUGGCUCGCUCAACAAUCUGCUGGCCAGCCACACUCUGACGUGGCCAAAGAAGUUCCAGAUGAUUCACGAGACGUCCAUGGGCAUGAAUUUCCUCCACAGCGCCAAACCGCCAUUACUCCACCUCAACCUUAAGACGUCAAACCUUCUGCUUGACGAUCAUCUCCAUGUCAAGAUCUCAGAUUUCAGUCUAAUCCGCUGGGAGACGAGCGCGGGGAAGAAGUCGUUUAUGGAGCACCUGACAGCCAGAGGGAACAUAAGUUACAUGCCUCCUGAGUCAUUCACGUCAACUCCAGAGCCUCCUGGAACUACCUUCGAUGUGUACAGCUUUGGAGUGGUGAUUUGGGAAAUACUGACUCAGCAAAAACCCUAUGCAGGCAACAGCGUGCCCAUGGUGCUGGUGCAGGUGGCGCAGGGGAAGAGGCCCAGUCUGGAGAUUCUCCCAGAAAACAAACCACAGGAGUGUGAGCACAUCGUCAGCAUCAUGAAGCUGUGUUGGGACCAUGACCAAAGCAAAAGACCUCCUUUUUCAGACCUUGUAGUAAAAACUGAGGCCCUCAAAGAAGUCCUGAUGAUCCGUGGUCCAGUGAACACCGGGGGAGUGAAUCCUUGGAUGGUUCCACCUACUCCUGUGAUUAAGAUGCCUGACCUCCCCUUAGAUAAUCGUUAUGGCAAGGAGAAUAUUGUUUCCCUUCUCUUCAAAAAAGAGUUUGGAACUUUCAGAAAAUCAGUGAGGAAAGAAGAUUUGCGUCGCGUGUUUUCAGAGAAGAAAAGCUUGAUGCACUACACUGUGGCCAGCGGAGACGCAGAGAGCGUCAACCACGUGCUGAGUCUUGGCGCUGAGGUCAAUUGUGAAACUUCCAAAGGCAACACUCCACUGAGCAUCGCUGUUAUUAAGAGGUUUCAUGACAUUGUUUCUUUGUUACUGGACCAUGGCGCUGUCCCCACAGCUGCAGAUGAGGACCAGUGGACUGCUCUCCAUUUUGCUGCUCAGAAUGGAGACGACAGGUCUGUGCGCCUCCUUCUGGACAAAGGGGCGGAGCCCAGUGCCAGAGAGACAGCUGGCUGGACCCCUCUACACUUGGCCUGUCAGAACGGACAUGAGGAGGUAGUGCGUCUGCUGCUGUCACGUCUUUCAGAUGAUUCAGUGGGGGAUCCAGAGGGGCGAGGGCGGACUCCUCUCCACCUGGCUUCCAUCUAUGGACAUCUGAACAUCAUCAAGCUGCUACUCACCAAGGAAGCAGACCCUAAUGCAACUGACAGUUCGCUCUCCACUGCCUUGCACUUGGCGGCGGAGGCGGGACACAAUCGCGUUGUACGGCACCUGGUGAAGUGCAAGGCCACAAUCGACUGUGUGGACAGCAGGGGCUACACCCCACUUCACCUGGCUGCCCUGAAGGGAUACACUGGUAUCUGCAGACAGCUACUUUCAAACCAGGCCUGUCCCAACGCCAGGACACUGAAGGGCUGGACCCCGCUACACCUGGCUGCACUCAAGGGACGCGAGGCCACAGUGGCUGAGCUCGGGAGUCAUGGAGCGACCGUGGACGUGCGAGGGGAGAAGGGAUGGACACCUCUACAUCUUGCCUGUCAUCAGAGUGAUCCUCUGGUGGUCACUAAGCUUCUGGCAGCUGGAGCUGACCCCAAUGUGGCCGAGGAGAGUGAGGGCUGGACCCCCCUCCAUGUAGCCUGCACCAGUGUGAGUUUCCCUUGUGUCCUUCACCUGAUUUCACAUGAUGCAGAUGUGAAUAUGCUGAGCCAUGGGAGGGUUUCGCCUUUACAUUUGGCAGCUAAGCAUGGAUGUGUGUCUAUAGUCAAGGCGCUGCUGCUGAACGGGGCCGACACUUCUGCGCUGGACUCUUCAGGGGCCUCUGCAUUAAGUGUGGCACAAAGCAACCAGAAGUGGGAAAUAGUGCAACUGCUGGAGAAGUGA